AGCAACACAAGGUGACAGGCUCGGAAGAACAAAGGCUGUGCUUUCAGCUUGAAUCUCUCCUCAGAUGACCAUUGUGUCCAUGCUCUACAAUGGUGAAGAGCAGAAAGAUGCCUGUGGGCCAUCAUGAGCAUUGUGACAAGUGCUACAGCGUCAACUGUCAAGUCGCGGUGCAGAUUUCUGUCUCAUGCAUGGUCAUCAAGUGUCGUAAAAACUGUGGCGCCAUCCUCCAUAUGUGCAAGCAAGAGGAGCACCAGCUUCUCUGCCCCAAUGAGACGGUCCCCUGCCUCAAUGUGGCCUAUGGCUGUCCUCUCACCAUGCUGCGCCACAGGCUGGCCAAACACCUGGAGGUCUGUCCUGCCAGCGUGGUCUGCUGCUCCCAGGACUGGAACCGCUGGCCUGUUUCAGAAACGGAUCUGACUUUCUACAGUAAUGUUUCAGAAAACCCUCAAAAUGAGGCAAACCUCGAUGUUGCUACGGCUCUCAGGGACCAAGAGCUGCUGUUUGGAUCCAUCAAAAUGAAGAGCGUUUUUCCUGAGCUGAUGGUGGAGGAUCCUGCCCUCCAGGAUAUUUCUGCCGGGGUCAACAGUCCUGCAGAGGGAGCAACCUGUUCUUUAGUUUGUGGAAAAUCUACAGAAAAUGGCUGCACAAGGACGGAGGAAAAAGAGCUGAGCCAAGAGGAGAGAGAUGCUUUGGCAAAGAGCAGGGAUGUAGAUAGUAUUCAGAACUACCACUCCUGGGAGAAGAUAUUCAACAAGGAGAUGAGCGGAUGCAAGCAAACUGUCAAAAACCUGGAUCAGAUGGAGGAAAAGGGAAUGGAAGGGGAAGAGCCAGAAUCAUCAAACUGUCAGAAGGAGACAAGAGACUCACAGCCGAGCCACGAGAGUGCUGCUGCUUCUUCGAGCAUGAAUGGUACAACUGGCCUUGCGCCAUGGCAAGACGGGGUCCUUGAGAGGUUAGGCAGGGAAGUCAACAUCGCUGAAUACAACAUGUAUCUGGUGCACAACGGGGCGAUGUUGAUUAACUUCGGCCAGCUUGCUGCUUGCACUCCGAGAGAAAAGGAUUUUGUUUACGGGAAUCUGGAGCCCAUCGAGGUCGAAACGGUCCGCACAUUCAACGUUCCUACCAGCUAUCGAGCGAAGCGUCAUCACUUGAAGGACCCCGCACACAAGGCCAAGACCACGCACCAGAGUGUUGACACCGCGGAUUUGGACGUGUCAGUCGAGGACCUUCCGAAGUGUGACGAGAUUAGCGCCACGCUCCUGUGCUCCCUGGAAAAGGAACUGAAAGGACAUUUCAUCUCAGAGAGCGUGGGGAUAGACGGUCUUUAUGUGGAUGUAGGAACACAAACAUACAACUUCGCCUCUGCUCCGUUCAGAACAGACGCAUCGCUUGCUGACGUCACUGCAGACAAACCUCGUGGUCUUUAUGUCCACGUGGAAGCCGAGUCUGUUACUAGAAGACAUAACAAAACAAGCUCAGCCUUCAGCUACAUGUGCGGCCACUUCUUUCGCCGAGAUGAAUACCGCUCUCACUUCAGGAAUGUGCACUCCGACAUACAGGCCUCUCUGAGCGGCUGGUUCCAACAGCGCUGCCCCUUGGCGUACCUCGGCUGCACUUUCACCCAGACGAGGUUUCACCCUGCAGGUCAACAGGCUACGAUCAAAUUCUGCCAACGUGUCAGCGCCUUUGUCCUCCAGCCAGAAGUGCCUUCAUCCCUCUGUGAGGGCCCUCAGAGAAAUGGCAAACCUAAUCUGGAUCCCCUGAGCAGCCUGCCCCUGGAGAUCCUUCAGCACAUUGCUAGGUACCUUGACAGUUUUACAUUAUCUCAGCUGUCCCAGGUCUCCCAUCUGAUGAGAGAGGUGUGCGCCACGUUGUUGCAGGAGAGAGGGAUGGUCUCACUCAAGUGGGAGAAGAAGACAUAUUCCCACGGGGGAAGCUCCUGGAAAUGUCGAAAGAAAGUUUGGGAGUUCAGCUCUCUGUUUUCCGCUGUGGACAGAUGGAGCUUCAGCAACACUCCCUCCAUGUCAGAUCACCUGAGAACGUGUUCCUUCUACACGAGACGGGAGCGCACCGAGCCCAUGGCUUUGGCCUGCCUGGGAGAGCUCAGAGACAAAUAUGCACAAGUAAAGCAUAAAAGAUAA